GCUUAAGCGAAAGUCUGUGGAACAUCGCAGACGCGAAGCGUGGGCGGACCGGCUCCAGGACUUUAUCCUUUUCGUUCAUAAAGAUGAGAGUGAAGAUUGCUGGCCAUCUGGAGAGCUGAGGGGCUGGGGAAACGCGGGGAUUCCAGGCUCGCACUCCUGCUCUGGGAUAUUCCAGGAAAGUGUUUGACCCAGAAAUGUCACUUCGGUCAGGUAACCAACUGUUGAUUACAAGAAGAAAGCCAAUGCAAUGAACCAUGGCAGCCAAACGUUUACCACUUGUAGCAGUUUUGGUAAUGAUUGGCAUUUCAGAAGAGACUCUAGAGAAACCACACACCUCACUAUUCCAAUUUACCCACCAUGUUUACAAUGCGACCAUCUAUGAAAACUCCUCCCCUAAGACCUAUAUCGAGAGCAGUGUAAAAAUGGGUAUUUGGAUCACAGAGCUUACUGAGAACAUCAAGUACAAAAUUGUUUCUGGAGACAACCUGAAUGUGUUCAAAGCAGAGGAAUACGUGGUGGGUGACUUCUGCUUUUUACGCAUAAGGACUAGAAGUUCCAACAUGGCAGUUUUGAACAGAGAAAUAAAGGAUCAUUAUCUGCUGACAGUUCAGGCAUCUGACAGAACAUUCCAACAUGGUGUAUGGACCAAGGUCAUGAUUCAGAUCCUGGAUAAAAAUGACUUGCGACCUCUGUUUUCAUCACUGUCAUACCGUGCUUCCAUAACUGAGGAUAUACCAAUGAGAUCCAGUGUGGCCAGAGUCUCUGCAACAGAUGCUGACAUCGGAAGCAAUGCGGCAUUUUAUUAUGCUUUCAAAGACAGGACUGACGUGUUUGCCAUUCAUCCCAGUAAUGGUGUUGUCAUACUGGCACAAAGCCUGAAUUAUACAACCCUAAACCAAUAUAACCUGGAAAUCUUGGCAGUGGAUCGCAUGAUGAAGCUUUCUGGAGGCAAUGGAGUUGGCAGUGUGGCAAAACUGUCUGUCAGUGUGAAACCGGCUAGCAUAAAAGUGCCAGGAAUUCUGUCAAUAUGUUUCACCCGUCCUGGAACUGAUUACAAUGCAACAUAUGCCAUCAUCACAGCAGAGGAAGGAGUAGAUGCUAUUGACAUUGUGCAUGGCGAUUCCACACACCAUUUCAGUGUUGCACCAUUCUACCAAGGCAGUAGGGAGUUCAAACUAAUAUACAUCAGAGAGUCAAACUGGGCUAACAAUUCCCUUGGCUAUAACUUGUCUCUGCAAGCCAAAGAUAAGAGCAACCCGACUAACUAUUCACCAAUAAAAGUCAUUCAUGUACCAGCAAAGUGGUCUGAAACCUUGAGGUUUGAACAAGAUCUUUAUAAGGUUAGAUUGUAUGAGUAUGUACCACCAAAUAGUCCUGUUGUAAUGGUAAAAUCUCAACCUAAACUUCCAAAUCAGGCAUAUUCUUUGGAACAUAAUCAUGUCAGUGCAAAAUUUAGAAUAAAUCCUCAAACUGGUCUCAUUACCACUGCUACUGCAAUGGCUUACUUGGACCAAUCACAUUUUGAAUUGAAAGUAAAGACCAGUAUUGGCCAAAUCUCAACCAAUAUCGUUAUUGAUCUCAUUGAUACCAAUAAUAAUGCUCCAGAGUUCAGAGCAUCUUCAUACCAAGGGAGUAUUGAUGAAAAUGCUGAAAUUGGAACAAGUAUCUUAACGGUCAAUGCAACGGACAAAGACCAAGGUGAAAAUGGCUUUGUGACAUACAGCAUUGCCAACAUAACUCCUAUCCCCUUCAGUAUUCAUCCAUUUACAGGAACCAUCAUGACAUCUGACAAGCUGGAUUAUGAGCUCAUGCAGCGAGUGUACCACCUACGAGUUUGGGCCUCAGACUGGGGAUCACCCUAUCGCUAUGAAGUGGAAGUCCCAGUUACAAUUUACUUGAAGAAUCUGAAUGACAAUGAACCACUGUUUGAGAAGAACAAUUGCCAUGGCAAUGUAUCAAGGAAUCUCACCGUUGGUCACCUCAUUACCACCAUCUCAGCCGUAGAUGCAGAUGAGCUACAAGGGAUCAGAUACAAGAUUUUAUCUGGUAAUGAACUGGAUUCCUUUGAUCUCAACCCAAUUUCUGGUACACUAACUUUGAAGCACUCCUUUUUUAACAGUCCUGCCAAUCAAGUCUUGGCUUUCAAUCUUAAAAUCACAGCCACAGAUGGAAAGAACUAUGCAUCCACUAUGGAUGUUAAUCUCACCAUUACAGAUAGCAUGAAUAUGGUCAGUAUGCAUUGCAAAGACACUGGAGCAAUUAAAAAGCUAGCAGAGACCCUUUUGCUUUCUGUUAAACCACAUCAUCAGCCCCAUGAAGAAGACUCAUUUUCGUACAGCCACAUUGUCAAUGCCCACUCUCCACAAUUUGAUGUUCAUUUUCCAAGCUCCAUUGACGUAAUUGAGAACAUUCCAGUGAACUCAACCAUCUUGAAUAUUCAUGCCAUUGAUCCCGACUCUGGUUUCAAUGGCAAAUUGCUCUACGUGAUCUCAGAUGGGAAUGAAGACAGCUGCUUUGUUGUAGAGAUGGAGACUGGUGAGCUGAAAGUUGCGCUACCCUUAGAUUAUGAAAUAACAAAACUUUAUACUUUAAACAUUACAGUUUAUGAUCUUGGAAAACCUCAGAAAUUCUCUUGGAGGCUGUUGACUGUGCAUGUGUUAGAUGCAAAUGAUAAUAGACCAGUAUUCUUGCAGGAUAUCUACUCAGCAAAACUACCUGAAAAUGUGGAGAUUGGAGCUUCAAUAGUCCAGGUGAAGGCGAAAGAUAAAGAUCUGGGAGAAAAUGCAGAAAUAAGAUAUUCACUAUUGACUGAUACCAAAACAUUUUCAAUUGACAAAACUUCAGGUAUAGUAUAUGUCACUGGCAAAUUAGAUCGAGAGCUGCAGCCAAUACAUAUUUUGAGAAUCGAAGCCCGUGAUCAGCCUCAACGAGAGCCCCAGCUAUUCUCAAUUGUUGAUCUGACAAUAGUGUUAGAAGAUGUAAAUGAUAAUCCACCUCAGUUUGUCCCACCCUCCUACAGAGUGAGAGUUCCUGAAGACAUUCCAGUUGGAACUGUCAUAGUGUGGCUUGACGCCUAUGAUCCAGAUCUAGGAGCAGGAGGGGAAGUGUACUACAGCCUAAUUACAACAGGAGAAAAUGCAUUCAGGAUUGACAGGCAAGCAGGAGCAAUCCGUACGAAUAAACCAUUAGACUUUGAAAGUCGGAAUAUUUAUAAUCUAACAGCUCAUGCUGUUGAUGAUGGAAAACCAUACUCCCUGAGCUCCACUUGUUAUGUGGAAAUCGCAGUGACUGAUGUCAAUGAAAACCUGCAUCAACCCCACUUCUCCUCCUUUGUGUUCAAAAGCUCUGUCAGUGAAGGAGUGCCUGUGGGAACCUCGGUGAUCACAGUCACUGCUCAGGAUGAAGAUGAAGGAGCAGAUGGUGCAAUUCGAUAUUCAAUCAAGGGGGGAUCUGGUCUUGAAGUCUUCACCAUUAAUGAAAAAACAGGAAUAAUACAGACAGUAGAGCUCCUUGAUCGUGAAAGAUGUCCCCACUAUUGGCUAACGGUUCUUGCUACGGAUUUAGGUGCCACUCCUCUGGUAACUUCAACUGAAGUCUUCAUCAAAAUUUUAGAUGUCAAUGACAAUCCUCCUCAGACCACAGCACCAGUUUACUAUGCCUCAGUUAUUGAAAACUCUCCAAAAGAUGUGUCUGUUCUUCGUAUUGAUGCUGAUGAUCCUGAUUCCAGUUCACAGGGUCUGCUGACCUACAGAAUCACUAACGAAAGCCCACGAGGAUUCUUUGCUAUUGAUCCAAAGACCGGUCUCAUCACCACCACAGUGCAUAAGCUGGACCGUGAAAAGAGAGGUGAACACAAUCUGGAGGUGACUGUUAGUGAUAAUGGUGUUCCUCCAAGACAAUCCACAGCAAAGGUAGUGAUAGAAAUUUUGGAUGAAAAUGAUAAUGCUCCAAGGUUCCCAGAAAUCCUGUAUAACGUUAGACUGUUGGAACGUAACAGCUCCACAGAGCCUCAGCCCAUUUACAGGGUGAUCGCCACUGACCAUGAUGCUGGCUCAAAUGCAGAUGUCACCUACAGAAUUGAGGACAGCCCUGAAGAAGGAAAAUUCAAAAUUCACCCAAGAUCUGGGAUGGUAUCAUCUACGUGGGCAUUCAUGGCAGGGGACUAUGACAUUUUAACAAUUUGCGCUUCAGACAAUGGGAGUCCACAGAAAUCAGCAACUGUCCGUCUACAUAUUGAAUGGAUUCAAAAGCCUCCACCAUCCAUGGAACCUCUGGCUUUUGAUGAGCCUCACUUUAACUUUGCUGUCAUGGAGACGGACCCAGUGAAUCAUAUGGUUGGGGUGACCAGUACAGAACUCACUAAGAGCCAAUUGUGGUUUGAUAUUAUCGGUGGGAAUGACAAUGAGGAGUUUGAAAUAGAGAAGAACAGUGGGACCAUCACCAUUGCCAAGCCAUUAAAUGCCAGUCAAACAUCAAAUUACAAUUUAACAGUACAAAUGACAAAUGGAACAAAUGCUGCCACAACACAGGCGUACAUCAGAGUGAUUGACAUGAAUGAACACCGGCCGCAGUUUUUAGAAAAUAAGUAUGAGAUAUGGAUUCCUGAAGACACUCCUCGCUCAACAGAGAUCCUGCAGAUCAGUGCCCGAGACACAGAUGGGAGAAGCAAACUGAUAUACACCAUCCAAAGCAGUGUUGAUGUCAACAGUCUACAACUGUUUCAUCUGGACCCUACCAGCGGAGCGCUAAUGAUUACCAAUGAGUUAGAUUAUGAAUCAAUGCAUCUGCACACGCUCACUAUUAUGGUGCGGGAUCAGGAAGUUCCUGUUAAACGGAAUUUUGUCCGAGCCAUGAUUAAUGUGGAGGAUUCAAAUGACCAUCCACCUCGAUUUACCAGUCCUAUUUACAGUGGCAACAUAACAGAAACUGCACCAAUUGGAACUGAUGUUCUACAAGUCACUGCUUUAGACAAGGACAUAGGAAUUAAUGCAGAAAUCAUGUAUUCCAUUCAAUCAGGUAACAGUGGCAAUACAUUUAAGAUUGACCCUGUUUCUGGCAAGAUAACUGUGUCUAAGAAGCUAGACCAAGUAGUUAAAAGAUCCUAUGAUUUAACAGUGAAAGCCAAGGAUCAAGGUUAUCCCCAACUCAGUACACUUGCCAGUGUUGAAAUUAUUGUUAUGGUUUCUGAUUAUUCACCUCCCAAGUUUCUGAUGAAGGAGUAUUAUGAAGAAGUCAGUGAAGCAACUAACAUUGGAUCAUCAGUUAUCAUGGUAACUGCAACCAGCCAAUCAGCAGUGACUUAUGAAAUUAAAGAUGGAAACACAGAUGACACUUUUCAUAUCAAUUCAUAUUCUGGUGUGAUAGCUGUUCAUAAGGAGCUGGAUUUUGAGAAAAACCCAGCUUUCAAAUUGAAAAUUCAAGGUACUAGCAUGACUGGUCUAUACAGCAGUCUGUUGGUGUCAAUAGACAUUAUAGAUGAAAAUGACAACCCACCCAUCCUUGUCCAGUCUCAGUAUAUUGGCAGAAUCAAUGAGAAUUCUCCCAUCAACAGUGUUGUUCUGGAUGAGAGGAACACACCCCUUGUUGUUAAAGCGACUGAUCGCGACAAAGGUGCCAAUGGCAUGUUGGUAUAUCAAAUCAUGGAAUCUGAUAUGUUGAAGUACUUUACAAUUGAUCCCAAUAUGGGAACCAUCAGCACCGCUGCUGUUAUUGACCAUGAAGCCAUUUCCGUCUUUCAUCUCACGGUUCAGGUACACGAUCUUGGGCAGCCAACUCUAUUUGCAGCAGAAGUAGCAAAUAUCACUAUAACGGUGAUGGAUGUUAAUGACUGUCCUCCAAGGUUUGAGAAAGACUUAUAUGAAUCAAUUUUGCUGAUUCCUGCUCACAAAGGGACUGACAUUCUCACAGUGAAAGCAGCAGAUGCAGACUCUGACAAUUUCUCAAAAAUCACAUACAGUAUAUUUGAUGGAAAUAACAAGGAGACAUUCAGUAUUGAUUCUUCCACUGGCUUAAUUUCAGUUCAAGAUGCAGCCAAUCUUCAAGGCUAUUUUGAACUGACAGUUAGAGCAUCUGAUGGGAUGCUAAAAGGUACUACAAUAGUAAAGAUAAAAGUGUCCACUUUAAAGGAAAGUGGCCUAACAUUUGCCCAGAACUUGCACGUAUUUUCAGUGUUGGAAAAUACUACACUCAUGGAAACUUUAGGUAUUGUGAAAGCAUCUGGAAAUCAGCUAAAUGAACCCAUCUUUUACUAUAUAUUAAAUCCAGAUGAAAGGUUUCGAGUGAUCAAAACAUCUGGUGCUUUCCAAACAACUGGAGUGGCAUGUGACCGUGAAGAACAGGAAGAAUAUGAAUUUGUUAUUGAGGCACGUGAUCUGCGUAACCCUCCUAGAGUUGCACAUACAUUAGUUAAAGUUACUGUUGAGGAUAUUAAUGACAACGCACCAAAUUUUGUCCACUUAUCAUACCUAGCUACAGUUCAAGAUGAUGCAGAACCAGGUGAUGUUAUCUGUCAAGUUACUGCUGAUGAUAAGGACACUGGAGAAAAUGCAGUCAUCCAUUACAGUCUUGUUGAUCAUUAUAAAUACUUUUGGAUUGAUCCCUACCUCGGCGACAUUUCUCUCAGUGAGCAUCUUGAUUCUGAUGCAUCAGAUAAAUAUACAUUAACUGUUAUAGCUCAAGAUAGAGGAGAUCCUCCACUUUAUGCACAGACUGAAGCUGUUAUCACUGUCAGGGAUAAAAUCACACCAAGGUUUGAAAAGCCAUACUAUAGAAUCAGCGUCCCUGAAAACAUCUCUCCCAACACACCAAUUCUUCAUGUACAUGCCAACAACCCAUCAGGAUUCCAUGUGAUCUACAACAUUGUCACACAGAGAGCACUGCGCUUGUUCUCUAUUGAAUUUAAGGCUGGCGUUCUGAAUGUGAUUGAUGCGUUGGAUUAUGAAGACCAGACAAAGCAUGUGCUGACUGUGCGGGCCACAGAUUCAGUGACUGGAUCUUACGCAGAAGCAAUUGUUGAGAUCCAAGUUGAAGAUGUCAAUGACAACCCUCCCAUGUUCACAGAAAAGGUCUAUGCUGCAACAUUGUCUGAGGCCUCGGUUAUCGGUACCUCCGUGGUACAGGUCAGUGCCAGUGAUACCGAUUCUGGAAGGAACAAAGUUAUCAGCUAUCAAUUUGCAGCUAUUACUAAUAGUUCAGAAUACUUCCAUAUUGACACUAGUAAUGGCCUUGUUACAACAGCACGUACACUGGAUUAUGAAAAGACCCAACAAUAUAGCCUUACAAUUAGGGCUGUAGAUAAUGGUAUUCCACCAUUAAGUAGAGAUGUACUUCUGAAUGUAUACAUUUCAGAUUUCAAUGAUAACCCACCUACGUUUCGCCAGAAUCAGUAUGAAACUACUGUAAGUGAAGUGGCUACAUGCGGUCAUUUUGUUAUCCGAGUGCAGGCAAGAGAUCCAGACAGCAUAGAUAUUGAUAAACUGGAGUACAUCAUCACAGAAGGAAAUGAACAAAGACACUUUAUAAUUGGAACAAAAUCUGGAAUCAUUUCUCUGUCAAAUUCUUGUAAGAAAAUAUUAGAAUCAAAUUAUCACUUGAAUGUGUCCGUUUCUGACCGUGUUUUCAGGAGAUCUAUACCGGUUCAGAUUAGAACUUCAAAGACAAAUAAAUUCAAGCCUAUAUUUGAUCAAAACAUGUAUGAAAUUGAGCUUGCUGAAAAUGCUAAGGUGGGGACACAUGUAAUUGAACUCAAAGCCAUCGACAGAGACUCUGGCCCAUAUGGUCACAUUGACUAUACAAUCAUAAAUAAGUUAGCCAGAGAGAAAUUUAGCAUCGACAACCAUGGCCGUAUUUUAACGUCACAGAAACUGGACCGUGAAAAUUCAACAGAAAAGGUCAUUGCCAUUAAAGUGAUGGCAAAAGAUGGAGGCGGUAAGGUGGAUUUUUGCACUGUGAAUAUUAUAUUGACUGAUGAGAAUGAUAAUGCACCUCAAUUCCAAGCUGCUGAAUACAAAAUUCAUAUCCCUGCUAGCACUCUCAAGGGUGCUCCUGUAAUCCAGAUCAUGGCUGUUGAUGCAGAUGAAGGAAUGAAUGCAGAUGUCAGUUACUCUGUUGCCUCCAGUGAAGAUAAGGUUGAGGAUAUACUGGAGAUAAAUCCUCUUACUGGAUUUAUCACAAUCAAGGAGAGUCUGAUUGGGCUGGAGAACAACUCAUUUACUUAUUACGUGAAAGCACAAGAUGGGGGCUCACCACAACAGGACUCCUGUGUUCCUGUUCUCGUAAAAGUUAUCCCACCUGACCUAUCAAUUCCACGAUUCUCUGAACCACUGUACACUUUCUCAGCCUCAGAGGAUCUUCCAGCCGGGUCAGAAAUUGGUGUAAUUACAGCAGAAGCUGACCAACCAGUUAUUUAUAGUCUGGUGAAGGGGAAUACUGAUGAAAGUAAUAAGGGUGGAGUAUUCACCCUUGAUAAAAACACUGGAACAUUGAAAAUUGGGAAGAACAUAGAUCAUGAAAAAACCAAAUGGUACAAAAUUGAUGUAGUUGCUCAGUGUUUCCAUGGAGAUUUAGAGGUUGCUUCUUCAGUGUCUAUCAGCAUCCAGGUAAAGGAUGUGAAUGAUAACCAGCCCAUAUUUGAGGCAAAUCCUUAUCGAGCCUUCAUCCCAGAGAACAUGCCAGCUGGGACCACAGUCAUACAGGUGACUGCCAAUGACCAGGACACAGGAACCAAUGGACAUGUUACCUAUAGCUUGUCUAAUGAAUUUGAUGAUGUGACCAAUGUUUUUGCCAUCGAUGGAGACAGUGGAUGGCUUACAACACUGAAGGAACUGGACUGUGAAACAAAAAGCAGUUACAAGUUUGCCGUGGUGGCAUUUGAUCACGGAGGAAAGGUCCAAAUGUCCUCAACUGCCAUCGUGGAAGUUGAGGUCGCUGAUGAAAAUGACAAUUCUCCACAAUUCACCAGCGACAUCUACAAGGCUACAGUCAGCGAAGACAGCAAACCUGGGGAAGUGGUUGUGGUUCUUACUAUGGUGGAUGCUGAUAUUACCGAAUCCAAUAGACAUGCCACCUGCUAUAUUACAGAUGGUGACCUUCUGGGCCAGUUUGCUCUUGAGAACUUUGAAAACCAGUGGCGAGUUUAUGUAAAGGAAGCUCUGGAUCGAGAGAACAAAGAAAAAUACAUUCUAAAUAUCACAGCCACUGAUGGCAGGUUUCUGGCUGAAUCAGCAGUUGAAGUCUUUGUUCAAGAUGUUAAUGAUAACAGCCCAUGCUGCAAACAGCUCACAUACACUGAAGUCAUUUCAGAAGGUGCGCCUUGGGGUCAGUUCAUUUUGAAGGUUUCUGCAACAGACUCCGAUGCUGGCAUCAAUGCUCAGAUAACUUACACUCUGCGCGGGCCAGGUGCAAACAAGUUUCGACUUGACCCACAGACAGGGGAAUUGAUGACAGUUGGCAUUUUGGACCGUGAGAGUCAAGCUGUAUAUAAUCUGGUUGCAAAAGCAUCUGACGGGAGUGGCCUAUUUUGCGAGGCAGAUAUAAGCAUUAUAUUACAAGAUGUGAAUGACAACCCUCCCAAGUUCUCUGCAACUCAGUAUGCAGUAUCUGUCUUUGAUAACACCACUGUCAAGACCCCUGUGGCAGUUGUCCAUGCCAGAGAUCCUGAUGUUCGUCUCAAUGCUGAGGUCACAUAUUCCUUAGUGGACUCAGCAAAUGAAUAUUUCUCCAUUGAUGAGCUCACAGGUGUAAUAUAUCUGGCAAAGUCUCUAUACAAGGAGCAGCAGAAAGCUUUUAACCUGAUGGUUCAGGCCACAGACCAUGGCCUUCCACAGAGACUCUCGUCCUUUGUCAAUGUGGUGGUUUCGGUCAUUGGCAUUGAAGAGUUCAUCCCAGUCUUUGUACAGAAGGAGUACAUUUCCAGCAUCCCAGAGAAUGUGAGCAAAGGGACGGAGAUACUGAGUGUGUCAGCACUAACACAAGACACCACUGAUAAUGCACAGAUCCUUUACACUAUCACAAAUGGCAAUGACCAUGGCAAGUUUCUCAUUGAUUCCAAAACAGGGGCCUUGUAUGUGAAUGGGAGCCUGGAUUAUGAAUUCUGCCAUGAGUAUUACCUGUCAGUUGAAGGCAAUAGGAAAGGAACGCCACUGUUCAGUGACAGCACAAUGGUGAUCAUCAAUGUCACAGACGUUAAUGACAACGCACCCAAAUUCAGCCACAGUGUGUACAGUGCUGAAAUCAGUGAGGAUGCUUUACGUGAGGAGUUGGUACUUAAAGUAACAGCUACUGACAAAGAUGGACCGCUAAACAACCUGAUCCAUUACUCAAUAUUGGAUGGUGAUCCCUACCAGCAUUUUAGAAUAAACUCGAAGAGUGGGGAGAUUUUGUUAUCACAGCACCUUGAUAGGGAAGAGAUACCCAGCUAUUCCUUGACAGUCCGGGCUACAGACAAUGGCAAGCCUCCAUUAUUCAGUCACACUGCAGUCAACAUCCAAGUGUUAGAUGUGAAUGACAAUCCACCAAUGUUCUUUCAGUUCAAUUACAGUGUGGUUAUUCAGGAGAAUGAGGCAAUAGGCUCGAGCGUGUUGCAACUGUUGGUAAUAGACCGGGAUUCCAACUCCAACGGUCCACCGUUCUUUUUCUCGAUUACAGCCGGCAACGAGGGAAACAACUUUCACGUUGACCAACAGGGACUGCUGAAGACACACGCUCGCCUUCAACAAAAAGUGAGGGAUCAAUACAUUCUGCAGGUUCAGGUUACAGACAGCGGUCAGCCACCUUUGUCAUCUUCAUCUUUUAUUAACAUUCGAGUGAUUAAGGAAAGUCGGUAUCCACCAUCAGUGUAUCCACUGCAAGUCUUCAUUGUUACCUCCAGCAGCAAGUUUCCUGGAGGAUUCAUUGGAAAAAUGCAUGCAACAGACCUUGAUCUUCACGAUACUCUCACUUACAGCACAGUUCCAGGGUUAAUAACAGAUGGUUUGUUUUCGAUUGGCGGUGCAGAUGGCAAAGUGUUGGCACAACAUGCCUUAGAAGCUGGACACUACUCCUUCAAUGUCAGUGUCACCGACAGGAAGUUCAUCACCACAGUGAGUGCACAAGUGCAUGUCACGCGUGUGACACCAGAUGUACUUGACCAUGCUAUUCAGGUGGAACUGGCACAGCUCACACCAGAGAAGUUCAUCAGUGACCACUGGCAGAAAUUUCAGGGAACCCUGGCAGAAUUCCUCCAGGUUCAUAAGCGGGACAUUGAGCUCAUCAGUAUGCAGCCAGCACAGGAUUCUCUGAACUUAGACGUACUUCUGGUCAUAAAAGAAUCAGAAGGCUCUUUUUAUAAAUCCGACAUUCUGCAGCAGAAGCUCACUUCCUUUGCUGAGAAGUUGGAGGAGUGGGGCAGGAUUCGGAUAGAGAGUCUGGUUCACCGCUGUUCCAAUCACAAUUGUGCCCAGCAACACUGCAAAGGGAAGUUUCAGCUGGAUAUGGGAAAUAUAUUCACGUACAUUACAACAGUUCUCAGCUUCAUUGUUCCCCGGCAUCUUCACUAUCGGGCCUGCUCAUGUAAUGAUUCUUCUCUGAGAUUCACUGGUGACAGCUAUAUAAAGUAUCGUUAUCUGGGUGACAAAGAUCCACUGAAAACAGCAAUCAGUUUCCGCUUACAGACUCUCCAGUCAGAGGCAGUGGUGCUGCACACCAAUGGAACUGAUUCCAGUCUUCUUGAGAUCAUUGAUGGAAAUCUGAUGUUCACUUAUGCCUGUAAUGGAGCGAGUAGGGUUUUGUCACUGAACGGCACACCAGUCAACAAUGGGCUGUGGCAUUCGGUUAUAAUUGAGGUAGCUGCAUUGUCAGUAACUCUGGAGCUGGACUCAGUGCAUGUAGCCUCUGCUGCACUUUCGGGAACAUGUCGCAGAAGUGAUUUUGUGUUUUUCGGUGGUAAAGUUCUAGAGGAACACUUAACACCCAGUAACCAUGAACAUGUCAUCAAGGACUUCCAAGGCUGCCUUGGCUCCAUUAGAUUCCAAGGGGAUGACAUCACAAAAGAUGAAGAAACAAAUGAACAAUUCGUAGUGGUUGAAUCAUCUUUGGGAAUCGAAGCCUGUUGCCCCCUUAUUGAAGUAUGCUCAGGGGCACCAUGUCAAAAUGGGGGAACAUGCACUGAAAAUUCAUCUGGAGGAUAUGUUUGUACAUGUCCGAAGAAUGUUCUUGGUUUGCACUGUGAACUGAUCGAUCAUCUCUGCCUCUCACAACCCUGCAUCAAUGGUGGAUCCUGCAUCCCGCAAAAGAGUAACUACACCUGCAACUGCCCUAUGGGAUAUUCAGGACCUAGGUGUGAAGAGGAUAUAAAUGAAUGCCUACAGCAUCCUUGCAGAAACAAUGGGAGCUGUGAGAAUUUCUCUGGUUUCUUUAACUGCAACUGCACACAUGGGCACACUGGCAAAUUGUGUAAUCAGUCGAUGGAUAAACAUGUAUACAGUUCUCCCAUAGUCAUUAGCCACUACGAAAUUAUCGAAAUAGCAGGUGCUGUGCUGGCGGCCUGCAUAUUAGUCGCACUGUUUGUCAUCUUCCGUAAGGUCAGGAACAAAAAUAAGAAGCAGACCACCCUGAGUGUUCUGGGCAGCAAUGAGCUGUCGAAGAGUGAAACGACAAGGAACAGCUAUUGUGAUUUGCAUUCGUCUGCACUCAUCCCGCUCAACAUUCUCAAGGGCUCCACCUAUGAAUUGGACAGAAAUUCAUACCAAGGAUCACAGGGGCAUCCAGAACUUAACACAUUCAACUCGGUGCAUGGCAAAAGCAGGCCAACUGUCGUGUGCAGCGUGGCACCAAAUCUUCCUCCUCCACCCUCCUCCAACUCAGAUAACGAAUCUAUACCGAAAACAACCUGGGAAUGCGAGUACGAGGUCUAUCAUGGUGAUCCUCCAGUCUGGCCGCCGCAGCCUCAGUCUCACUCACCAAGGAUACAGGAAUAUUCCCGAUAUGAAGCAAUCGAAGAGAAUCUCCCACCUCCAAUGGGCAAUGAACACUUUCACAAAUACGACGGCUUCCCCUUCCCGCUGGAUCAUUAUUCCUCACGUAGUAAGCGGGCCCCCCUGGCCCCACAGUACAGCGAUCAGGUCCUGGAAGACUUCCCCGACGGCAAUCCGGUGGCCUUACUGCCGUCCCGCUGCCAGAAUGAGUACACGGCCAUAAGCUACUACCCAGCGGAGCUGCUGAAAGCGCAGGCCCCAGGUGUUCCCAUGCAGCCGGGCUACCAGAAGGUUCACGUUCGUCUCAGUGUCGCCCAGCCAUCCUAUGCAGAGUGUGAGCCUGUGCACUCGCAAGCUGUGGUGCCCCGCCUGGUAAUGCCGACGUGCUAUGAGGACUCUGAUCUGAUGGAGAGUGACUAUGGCAGUUGUGAGGAGGUGAUGUUUUAAUGCAGAGACUUAUUCACGUUUUAAUCAUCAAAAUGUCAGGUCAAGCCUGCUAACACCCACUUACUGCCUACUCUAAGAUCGCUGUAAUGACUUGCCUUGUGGGUACGAGUGGAAGGGUUGGUUUUAAGUAUCCGCUGGACAGUGGGCUGUUCAACAGUGCCCCAGGCUGACAGCCCUGCCACGGUAUGAAUGCAGCAGCAACAGACGACCAUUGCAUUACUAAGGCUACAGCUCUGAGGUGACACCUGGUGGCUAAUGGUAAAUUCAGAAGAAAUGUCACAAGACAUUGGGAGAACAAUUACAUUAGUGUCAUUUUUAUGAUUGUAAUGUUCGUGAGGUUGUAUAAAUCUAGACUUUUUAGUGAUCAAAAACUAUAUAAUCUCUUCCCAGCCAUAAAAGUAUUGAAUGAAUGAGAUACUGUGGAUGCUGUCUGUACAUUCUCUUUUUGCUCAUAGAUAUUUGCAUCAGGCAUGCCAUUCGUUGUUUAUGCACGUCUGAAAAUAUGAUGAAAAGUAACUUGAUUCUUGUUAUGUUUUACGAACAACAGAGUGAAUUCAGCGUAUUGUGGGAAGAGGUGAAUAUCAUUGCAGCUGGUUAUAGACUUUUUUUUGUUAUUUUCUUUGAAAAUGGGUACACCUUCCAGAGGCAAUGAGUUUUAUUCUGAACCAAGCUGUGUUAUACACCAGGGAAUGAAUCGUUGCUGAUUCCUUCUUACCUAAAUAAGGGGAAAUAUUCCACUCCCCAGCAUUCUUUGUAUUUGUUUAAGCACAUUGUUAAAAGAAAGGCUAAUAAUUCAGUCUGUGGUAAACACAGACAAUUCUGA